AUGGCCCAACAAGUUACAAUAAAACUUAUCACAAACCAUGAUAUCAAGGUUGGACAAGGCAACAGAGAACCAUCAACCAUUCUCAUUAUGGAAUGUUGUUGCUGUGUGACUGGGCAUAUCAACCACAUUCCAGUUUACAUCCGUGGGCCCAUACUCCACAUCUUUGGAGGACAAGACGAUCUCAUUCUUUCCUAUGAACCUGUCACGAGGCAGGAAAAAAACUACACCCGGCCAGUGAUUAUCCUGGGCCCCAUGAAGGAUCGAAUCAAUGAUGACUUGAUAUCUGAAUUUCCUGAUAAAUUUGGCUCCUGUGUGCCUCAUACUACGAGGCCAAAGCGUGACUACGAAGUCGACGGCAGAGACUAUCACUUUGUCAUUUCUAGAGAACAAAUGGAGAAAGAUAUCCAAGAGCACAAAUUCAUAGAAGCUGGCCAGUACAAUGACAAUUUAUACGGAACCAGUGUGCAGUCUGUGAGAUUUGUAGCAGAAAGGGGCAAGCACUGUAUACUUGAUGUAUCAGGAAAUGCUAUUAAACGGUUACAAGUCACCCAGCUCUAUCCCAUUGCCAUCUUCAUAAAGCCCAAGUCUCUGGAACCUCUGAUGGAGAUGAAUAAGCUUCUGACAGAGGAACAAGCCAAGAAAACUUAUGACCGGGCAAUUAAACUAGAACAAGAAUUUGGAGAAUAUUUUACAGCUAUUGUCCAAGGAGAUACCUUAGAAGAUAUUUACAACCAAUGCAAGCUUGUUAUUGAAGAGCAGUCUGGACCUUUCAUCUGGAUUCCCUCAAAGGAGAAGUUAUAAAUUAGCUACUGCACCUCUGACAACGACAGAAGAGCAUUUAGAAGAACAAAAUAUAUAUAAUCUAACAAAAAUAAAAUAAAA